UCCAGCGGCAGCGUUUCCUUCGUCUGGCUGCCUCGCCUCUCUAAUUGUAUCUGUAAGCCGGCUGCUCCUGCAAUGUGGCAGUCGCUGCAGCGAGAGUGCAGGCAAGCGGAUUCUCCUUGAAUGAACUCUGACUGUGCAGUGCGGUGAGAAGUGGCCGCUGAUCCACUGUGCCACGGGGGGACUUCAGGAAAGAGAACGCUGGCUGACACUCAAGCAGCUUAUCGAUUUAACGCAGGAAACUAAUUAUUGGCUGCACAGGGAUUAAGGAUAUCAUUUAAACAGUCAACCCAAGUCAGACCUGGAUCUUGUCGUUGUUUGGCAGCAGAUAUUCCAUGGCUAUGGAGGUCCAUUGGAUCGGGGUCCAUGCCCUGAAGAUGGGCCUUCCGCAGACAGCCGUCAACCUGAUCGUCACCAUCUUACUUGGUGUGAGGGCUGCUCAGGCCCUGGAAAUGUCCGUCGGGAAGAUUCCCUUCUUGCAGGCGGUGAAUGGCAGCACGGUCCUGUUGCCCUGCACCUAUGCCAGCUGCUACGGCAUUGAGCACCUUUACUUCAACUGGCAGUUCGAUCACAAUGGUGUCAUGAAAAAGGUGUGCGAGGCCGUGAUACAGUCAGAAGGGGUGGUGCCGAAGGUGAAGAUGUACGAAGAGCGUUUUGAGUUUGUGGGGAAGAACGGGAAAAACAACAUUUCCAUCUUGUUGUGGAACAUCACCUUCGAGGAUGCAGGCCAGUACACAUGUUUUGGACGCAACCGCAAAGAAAAGGAAAAGAACCACAGCGCCAUCUUCAGUCUCAUUGUGGUGGAGGAGUUGAGGGAGGUGGACAACACGCUGACCAUCAUCAUUGCCUCAGCAGUGGGCGGAGCCAUCGCACUGCUCAUGGGCUUCAUGCUGCUGAAGAACUUCACUCUCUUUGUUCUUUCCAAGCUUGAGGAGAAAAAUAAGGAGUGCCUUGUAACUUCAUCAGGGAUCGACAACACAGACAACGGCCUCUCAGGAUCCAAAGUGGAUUCGAAACCCAAAACACCAAAACAACCAAACACCAAGAAAUGAGGACGCGCACGUAUUCUAAACCAUAGGAGUGCUUUUAUUUAUGCGCCUUCAUCAAUAGAAUUCUACUGUACAAGCCCACCAGGUAUGCACAGGAAUAAUGUCAUAGUGUUUGAAAAACAUGCUUUUGUCUUAUGCGCACUAAAAAAAUAACCAAAGACACUUAACUUACUAUUUUUCACCUUUAAUAUUUAAUUCUAUUAGCAAUUAUCCUACUUUUAUUAUACACAAAUGUAUUUAAUUUUUUACACACAUUUAAUUGAUACCAUGAGCACCAAAGUGCAUCUUUGAUUUGUGCCUUUUCUGUGUGCGGCACAAAUCAAAUCAAAUCAUUUUGGUUCCAUUUUUCUCCCCAAAAAUUACUAUAUUGACCCAAAUAGGAGACGACAGUUAAUAUAAGAUGUUUUUCAAAAUAAUAUUCAUAAAGACACAAAUAAUGCAACAAGAUUAUUCGUGCAAGCAAUAGCCAAGUAGAAACUUGAUAACGUACUCAAAGACAAACUUGUCACAGAGUGAAAUUAACUGGGUGGGUCACUAAACAGAACACUAACUUGACUUACGGUGUGAACAAGAAUGACACAACACAACGUGUAACAGGUAAGUUGAACACACAAAAGGCCUGAUCUACUAAGAUCCCAAAUAACAAGUGCUACAAAAUUGAGCGUACUAUUAGUGGCCGUGUUUGGGGUGAUCUACUCAGACUGCAUGUACAAUUGAUAACAAGAGCAAAGGUGGUGCAGACCGCUUUGUCACCAUGGAGACACUAAUUUCCUGUAUGAGCUGGUAUUGUGCUCCAACUUGUGAUAUUUUUCUAUGCUGCGGAAAAUUUAGCACACAAAUAUAUGUUCUACCUUUUCUGGCAAUAUAGAAGUGCAAUCGAGACAACAGAACCUAUUUUUAGCAUGCCGAGGGUGUCCUCUGGUGCUGUGCCCAAAACACCGCCAAGUGAUGCAGAUGCAAGAAAAUACAUGUUUUAAGAGAUUAUUUCAUUUUCAUAUAAAACGAACGCCAUUUAUUUGACAAAAUGCCAGUAGGCCCCAAAGCAAAUCAAUUUAAUUUUGUUUGGUGUGUACUGGCUCCCAUCAGCCCCUGAAGUCAUUGAGCCGUUAAAAAAUGAUAUUGCUAAAUAGACAGUAUGUUUGAUACUGUAAGUUCUGACAGUCCAAAUAUGUCAGCACGCAUACAGAUGGAUUCUCUCUUCAUCGUCUGUUAUUGCAGCCCAAUCUCUUCCUUUCUCACAGCCAUUUGUGCGUAACUGUGCCAGUUUGCACGUACCUUCCAAAAAAUAAAGACAUAACAGUGUCCGCAAACACUUUAAGGCUUGAUAAAUCACACUGAUAGCGCUAAAUGAUUAUGUUUGCAUCACCUCCUGUGUUCUGAUAAUCAGCACAUACAUGAAGACAGACACGCUAAAUGGAUUGCACUCUCUAUUUUGUUCAUUUAACAAACACAAUCCUCGGCGCAGAAGCUUAGUAGAUCAGCUUUGCGUGUGCUAUCAAGUUUGCACGUCUUUUAGUACAUCUAAACCAUUAGUAGAUCAAGCCCACGGAGAAACUACUACUACCAUGGGGAAUAACAAGCAACAACUUAGCACAACAAUCCUGUUAUUUACUAAAGCUGUGCUACUUGUGCUUUCAUCCUUUAGUCUGGUCAAACAAAUAUACAUAAAUUAAUCAGACUAAGGCUUCACGGUGGCAGAGGGGUUAGUGCAUCUGCCUCACAAUACGAAGGUCCUGAGUAGUCUUGGGUUCAAUCCCGGGCUCGGGAUCUUUCUGUGUGGAGUUUGCAUUUUCUCCCCGUGACUGCGUGGGUUCCCUCCGGGUACUCCGGCUUCCUCCCACCUCCAAAGACAUACACCUGGGGAUAAGUUGAUUGGCAACACUAAAUUGGCCCUAGUGUGUGGAUGUGAGUGUGAAUGUUGUCUGUCUAUCUGUGUUGGCCCUGCGAUGAGGUGGCGACUUGUCCAGGGUGUACCCCGCCUUCCGCCCGAUUGUAGCUGAGAUAGGCUCCAGCGCCCCCCGCAACCCCAAAGGGAAUAAGCGGUAGAAAAUGGAUGGAUGGAUGGAUAAUCAGACUAAAGGCUGCACAGGGAAAACCAUAUGCGUAAAGUAAGGACAUGAUCGAAUGACAGAAUGUCUGCAAGGUUGAAUACAUUGAUUAUUUUUAUUUUCUACUAUUUUAACCAGCUCAGAUUUAAGGAAAAGCCUCUAAAACAUAGUUUUAAAGAGCAAGUUGACUGCAAGGCACCCAUUUUUGAAUGCUACACAAACUGAAGACACUGGCCAGCAUUAAAAUUACAACAAAAAGCCUACUGAAAUUUUAAAUAUAUAAACAAAUUGUUUCUGAAGGGCUGUCUCUGCGCCACUCACUCUCUGUUAGUGUGACUGAUUUAUUCAUACACUAUGGAAACUUAUUGGUUUGAACUGUAUAAACCUGUAUAGACCUGUCUUUUUCAGAGGACUUUUCAAGGGAAACAUUUUGAGGUUAAUAUACCAUCUAAAAUUCAGGUCAAUAUGGAACUUCAGUAGCUUAAUAUGAACACUGAGUGAUUCCCCCUGUCAAAAACUAUUUAAUCAGUCUUUUAUUGUGUGAGCUAUCACAUUGUCUAAAUUCUUGUUGUACAGUUAAUGGGCCAUUCCAACAAAUCACUUCAAUUUGCUUGUUGGGACUUUCAAAAUAAUCAGAUUUUGUCUUUUAUGACCUCUAAAUGUAAUAAUACUCAUAUUGAAUUACUUAAAUAUGUAUUUGCCCAUCUAAAGCAACUUUACUUCAUUUUUUUGCAAGGUUCCUAAGCUCAAAAUGACUCAUUUGUGUAACAGGACUGAAAGUAACAAGAGUGAGUUUUUAACUUAGAAUUUGCAAAUACAUGAAAUAUAGCUACACGGCAUUUAUGCAAUUAGCUUGUUGACACUAAAUAACAUUAGUAUUGGUUUAUGCAGAUUAUAUUAAUUCUAAAAAAAAAAGUAUUUCAAAAAUUAACUAAUAAAAGUAAUGUAGGUAACAGGACUGGGCUAAUAUAUUAACCCCCAGUCGUAGUGAAAUAUAACUGAAUAUACAGAGAGAUGAAUGAGUGAACUAUACUUUUGGCCGUCUCAUGGCCUGUUGAGCAUAGGUGUUUUUUGAGGGCCACAUCACAAUUAUGGCUGCCCUUAGAGGGCCAUCAAUGAUGUGGCAGACCAUUGACUACAUUGAAUGAUGUGACGGCCACGUUAAAUGAUGUGGAAGACCACUUUAUAUGAUAUAGAAGACCAAAUUAAUUGAUGUGGCGCACCACAUUAAAUCAUGUGGAAGACUACUUUAAAUGAUGUAGAAGACCACUUCAAAUGACCCGGAAGACCACAUUGAAUGAUGUCACGGCCACAUUAAAUAACAUGGCGGACCACGUUAAAUGAUGUGCAAGUAGACCACCUUAAAUGAUGUGGCAGACAUGUCCCGUGUACCAUGUGACUUGUUUUUUUUUAUUUGGGAAAGUUGAGAUAAAGAAUAACACAGAUUUGUAAAAGACAGAUAUACAUACUUCGUAGUAAAGUGUAAUAUUUUAUUGAGUGGGGACAAGCCACACAUGCUAGUUUAAUUAUAUUUAUUAAAUAUGCAUUCAGAUCAAUGAACAGUUAUUUUUUAAUGCAUUAAUACAUUUUAUUUCCUGGAAUGAAUGAUUCUGUGGAAUGGCCCCUAAACAUAAAUAAUUCACAGUCCUUGAAAGAGAACAAAAACAAAACAAUGUAGUGUGGCUACAGCUUGGCUGAAUCUUCCUUCUUUAUAAUCGUUUGUGUACAUCUUCACACACAAAAUAACCUAAAUUACAACAUAGCAGUCAUUUUUGUACAAAGUGAUAUUUAUAGCUCACCUCUAAACACAUUCAUUGUUCUUGUCUUUGCUUGAUAUAAAACAUAAACGCUUGCUGUUACAUCCGAGUUCCUCCGUAAGUGAGGUCGCAGUCCAUGCAGUAAAACAUGACAAAGAUAAUGAUAAUAUAUGAAGCUUCUCAAAUGAAAAAGACAAUCUUUCUUAUCCAUACAGAAAAAAUAUUGCUGCUUCAAUGGAAAAUAACCAAUGCAAUUUACGCAUGAGCCAACAAUUCGACAACGUUUUGAAAUAAGGAUGAGAGAUUUUAUAUAUAUAUAUAUAUAUAUAUAUAUAUAUAUAUAUAUAUAUAUAUAUAUAUAUAUAUUCUAUGACUCUAUGACGUAAGAAGCAACUGCUUUAGCUUGUAACCAAUGUGUAUGUGAAUCAUAUUAUAUUUCUAUAUUAUAUACAGUAUAUUGUCUGUGCCCACUAUAUCAUUCCAUGCAUAAAAUAGGGAUGCUAAAAAUAUGCUUUGUCCUCCCCAUGAAUUAGAACAUGAUUCUCGAUCCAUAACCAUGUGACUAGGUCUUAUAUUACAGUGUUCAAGGAAUCUACUGAUCGUGCCAAGCAAGGAUAAUCAUAAACUAUCACGUCAGGAAAUGAAUGUAUAUGACAUUUAUAGUUUUGCACCUUCAAAAUAAUACCUCUGUGGAGUGGGACAAAUGUGAAUGUACAUGCCUGCAACAGGUGUUCAACAUACCAUAGUAGUAUUGUAUGUCGUCGUGCCUCCAUUCUUUAACCACUGACUAAGCAAUACUGCGACUCUACUAAUAGAGAUUGUGUUCCGUUGCAGGUUUAUCAAUGUAUUGAUUGAAGUUGAGGUCAGGUUAUCUUUGUAGCAGCACAACAAGCGAUGUGAUAAGGGUGGGUAUAGCUGAAAACAAUGCCAAGAGGCUGGAGUGGUACUGCAGAAAGUGGGUAAUGACUUUAUAAUCUUAUGUCAGGGUUCAGAUUUUCAGGCACAGUAUCUCACAAAAGUCAGUGAACCUCUUGCAUUUCAGCUACCUUAAAGGGACAAUACUGUAGAAGUGUAGAUGAGUCAUAUUCAGGUCACAAGAUGUCAAUAGAGUAUUGUUGGCAGUUUUUGGAUGGUUAUUUAAAGGGCUUUGUGGGCGGAAUAGAGGAGCUCCCAUUAACUUCAUUGUUAGCUUACUUUUGCUAAGUUUUAUUUACAAUUUAAAAUCCAUAAGACAAAGAAAAAUAUGUGUUCUGGCCUGCCAUAGUGAUUUGGAAUGAUGGGAACCUUUCCAAAAAGCUGCAGUUCCCCUUUAAGAAACACUGCUUUAAGUUAUUUCCAAGUUUACUUUCUGCAAUAUUGUCCCAUGAGAAGAUUGAAUAAAAUGGUAGCUAAAAAUGCGGCCAAUGGUGGAAAAAGUAUCCUGUACAACAGCAUAAAAAAUUUAAAUAUAUUGAUGCUAUUUACUGUAUUAAAAUGAAGAAACUGCAAGAAUUUGAUCUUUAUUGACGCACCACGGAAUAUGCAAGUGGAACUAACAUCUUAAAUGAGAGGUAAUCAACAUGCACUAAGGAUGACAAAAUGAAUGAAUUGAUUUGAUUUGAAUUUAUUUUGCAGCACUGCUGUCUUAUUGUACUGUAGGUGGAGUCCAUGAAAGCAGGAGUGUUUUGUUGUUUGUGAAUUUACUAAAUAGAUUUGGUUUUUGUGGUGAAUGAGCAGGUGAGGGCAGCGUGAUGAUAACCAGUUCUAUGCAAACGAUAAAUAUAAUUGCAUGCUCUGACUAAUUGUAACAAUGAUCCUCUGAGUCACUGUGAUGAUAUUGCAAGCAAUACAAUUCAGUAUGUUCCGUUUCCGGAUGUUGGGAUGCAGGGAGAAUAAAGACAGAAGCAUCUGGUGCGAUUGGACCCCUUGUUUAGACUGCUGACUGAACAAGUCAUUCUCCUCCUCUGCACGCUAGUAUUCAGCUGUACUGUACAUGCCUAGAGGUUCUCCCUCUAUGUCAGCUCUUUAUCUGUUUAUUAAUGAAACAAUAAAAAUAAAAUCAAGUUUGGAGCAAAA